AUGAAUAUCACUCGAUAUCUAUUAGUCCUGUUCACGGAACUAUCCUCACCGUUAACAGCCAAUGUUAACGCUUUAUCAGUUUUCAAUCUAGACAUUAUCAAAUUAGUUUUUGACGUGGAGUUGUUGUUCAAUAUUUUUCUUUCUCUCUCUCUUCUUAAACGUAUGUGUGUGUGCGUCUCUCUCUCUCUCUCUCUCUCUCUCUCUCUCUCUCUCUCUCUCUCUCUAAAGUGCGACUUGUCUAUAUUCUUCUUCUUCUUCUUUUUCCUCCUCUUUUUCUUCUUCCUCUUCUCCUUCUUCUUUUUUCUUUUUCUUCGUCUACUUCUUUGGCUUUUUCUUCUUCUUUGUCUUCUUGUUGUUCUUCUUCUUUUUCUUCUUCUUCUUUCUGCUGUUUCUUCUUUCUUUUUCCUCUUUUUCUUCUUCUUUUUCUACUUCUUCUUCCUCUUUUUCUUCUUCUUUUUCUUCUUUUUCUUCCUCUUUUUCUUCUUUUUCUUCCUCUUCUUCGUCUUCUUCUUUGUCUUUUUCUUCUUCUUUUUCUUGUUGUUGUUCUUCUUUUUCUUCUUUUUCUUCCUCUUUUUCUUCUUUUUCUUCCUCUUCUUCGUCUUCUUCUUUGUCUUUUUCUUCUUCUUUUUCUUGUUGUUGUUCUUCUUUUUUUUCUUCUUCUUCCUCUUUUUCUUCUUUCUUUUUCUUCUUUCUUCUUCCUCUUUUUCUCCAUCUUUUUCUUCUUUUUCUUCCUCUUUUUCUUCUUUUUCUUCUUCUUCUUCUAUAGUUUCUUUUUCAAUCCUUCUAUCUUUUGACACCCACCAGCAAAGAGAUCACCACUCCAGCCAAUAUUCUUCUCCGUACCUCAAUCCUAAGAAACAUACCAAUCAACCUCAGCUCAUCCCCCCCCGCCACCCAGAUAAUUCUCUCACUUCUUAUACUUCAAUUAUGUGCUUUGUUAUCUCCUCAACCGCCAUGCCGACUAACAUUACUUCGCCCCUUACGUCAUUGUUCUUCUCCUCUCUUUCUCUCUCCCUCGCUUUCUCUCUCUCUCUUUCUCUUUUAACCUCUCCUACUCUUUCUAUUUAUUAUAUAUUUUAUAUUCUGUCUUGUUUGCUUUUACCUUGUUUUUUUCCUCUCCUUCUCUUUCUUUCUCUUUUGUAUCUUUCUUUUUUUUUUCCUUGCUGUCUUUCUUCUUAUUUGAUUUCUUCUAUUUCUUCCUUUCUUCUUUUCUUUCUUCUUUCUUUCUUUUUUUUAUUUCUUCUUUUUCUCUUCUUUUUUAUUUUCUUUUUUCUUUGCAUUCUUUUUAUCUGUCUGUCUUUCCUUAGAUUAUGUCUCUUAUUUUCUCUUUUCAGCGUCUUGUUUUUAUUUCUUCUUUUUAACCUUCUCUAUUUCUCUAUUCCCCACUUUCACCUUCCAUUUUUAUUUCUCUGUCGAUCUCUCCUUUCUCUUUAUUCCGUUCUUUUUAAAAUAAUUUUCUUACUUAUUUCUAUUUUUCCCGCCUCUCUUUCUUAUCCACUCACACACACAUUAUACCUCUUUCUUUUACUCCCACCCACUAUGUCGCCGCAUUUAAAUCUGCCUCUUUCCCCUUGUAUUUUUCGAAACCUGUUCAGAUCAAGCCACACAUCUAGUUCAUCCUUUUUAAUUCUCACCCAUAUAAACCACCACCCAGCCCAACUUUUGACCCUCUCUCUCUCUCUCUCUCUCUCUCUCUCUAUCUAUCUAUCUAUCUAUCUAUCUAUCUGA